AUGCGUGAGUUUCUGCUGCUAUCGGCGGCGUUGUUCCUGUUGACCGGUGCCGUAUUGGCUCAAGAUCCCGCCGCUGAGGAGGCACCGAUGGAAGAAUCCACCGGGCCGCGGGUGCGGCUCGAGACCUCCCUGGGCUCGUUCGUGAUCGAGCUCAACGAGGACAAGGCGCCGCUGACGGCGGCGAACUUCCUGGCCUAUGUCGAUAGCGGCUUUUUCGAAGGCACGGUCUUUCACCGGGUGAUUCCCGAUUUCAUGGUCCAAGGUGGCGGAUUCUCGGCCGACCUGGUCAAGAAGGACACAUCAGCGGCGAUCCAGAACGAGGCCAAGAACGGUCUCGAUAACGAUCGCGGUACGGUCGCUAUGGCGCGUACGCCUAAUCCGCACAGCGCCACCGCCCAGUUCUUCGUCAACUUGGUCGACAACGAUUUCCUCAAUCACGCCAACCAGCAAGGCGAGCAUCCCGCCCAGAGCGGAUGGGGCUACGCGGUCUUCGGCAAGGUGGUCGAGGGCAUGGACACAGUCGACGCCAUCGCCGCGGUCAAGACCAGCAACCGCGGCCGGAUGGCCAACGUGCCAGUCGAACCCGUGCUGAUCACCAAGGCCUCACGCCUCACCACUCCUUGA